AUGAAAAACAUUGGCAUGGGUUCAUUAACAUCCAAAAGACUUUUUUGGUUACUUUUUCGGAUGCUCGGAGUUAUAAUCGUACUAAACGGUUUUGAUUUCUUUCAUUCGUUCGUUUUUCCAUACACACCACCUCUUCGAUACUCGCAUACAUCAUUACUUACUUUAUCCACUGAUACAAAUAGUGAUUAUAGAAACCUAUAUAUUAUAGGCGGCAGAUCUAAUAAUGAUAGUUCAUCUCCUAUUAACACUGAAAUUAGUUCACAAGUGUUUUAUCGAUCUUUUAAUCGAGACCUUGAUGCUUCUUUACAAAUCUGGAAAAAGAUUCCUGAAGAAGUACAACUUCCUUCAGGCAUUUCAUGGGUUUCGGCGGUACAAUUCAAACCAAAUUCAUUAAAUUGUUACUUAUUUGGCAAACCCAUAAAUAAACCAGCUAACACGGAGGUCACAUGGGUCUACAAGCUUGAUUCACUUAGUGGAAAUAUAUCAUAUAUCCAAACUAUUCCAGUAGAUAUUAGUAGACAACAACAAACUGUACCUCACAUUUCUGGAAAAAUUUAUGUUUUUGCAGAUUUAGAUAAUGAAUUAUACGGACCUGAUAAGUAUACGUCGUAUUAUGUAGUUUAUUUGUUAAAUACUAUUGGGUAUGAAUGGACGUUGAGAAGUUCAUCGAUUUAUGCACCAAAACCGAGGCUUGGACAAAUAUUUUAUAUUGGAGGUCGAGAAUUUCAAGAUGGAGAUGUGAAUAUUUAUGAGAUUCGAAUUUAUGACACUAAUGCCGGAGAAUGGACGUCAAUGGAAAUCAACAGUACAUUAAAAAUUGAUAGACGUCAUGGUCACACAGCCGUCUUAACGUCCGAUGGAAACAUAGUAGUUUAUGGUGGAGGGAAAGGAGAACUACACACUACAGCUUAUCCACAACUUUUUGUUCUAAAAAAAUAUAGAAAGUCAUAUAAAUGGGUUGUGCCAACUGAAAUUUUACAAAUACUAGAAGGUGGCCAAAAUCAACAAACCAAAACUUAUAUAUAUUGGAUAUAA